UUCUUCAACAACAUGGCUACUGAUUCAAUCACCUCGGAACCUACAUAAAACAGAUACAUUAAAGCGCUUUAGACGUUUCAGUUAGUUUAAAAACACAUUUAUGUCGUAUCUGGUUACCCUUCAUUUCUAUAUUUAUGUUUUUGUUAGCCAUCUAGAUGGGUGGUUAAAUUACCAGUAGCCUAGAAGCUAAUUAAUGAUAGCUAGCUAACGUUACCUCGCUAACAUCCUCGACCAUGAGCUCACCAAGCUACACCCUCCCUGCUAAAGAAGAGGAGAAAGAAGCCCCCGUGAAAGAGGAGAAGGAAGAGGAGGCUGUUACAGUUAAACAAGAAGUAGAGGAUGAGACUGUUACUGUUAAACAAGAAGUAGAGGGUGUAGCUGUUGGAGUGAAAGAAGAGGAGGAAGAAGAGGAGGUGGAUGUUACUGUGGAGGAAGAGAAACAAGACAGUGCCGCUUUGGGAGUGAAAGAGGAGGAAUUGACUGUCACAGUGAAAGAGGAGGAGGAUGCCGUCUUUGGAGUGAAGGAGGAGGGGGAGAUUACUGUCACAUGGGAGGAGGAGGAGGAAGAGAUUGGAGAUAUAAUUAACACCACAGGAGAAAGACCAGACACCCACUCUGACAGCAGGAACAGUCCUUCAGGGGAACCAGACCCAGAGACGCCCAAACCAGCGAGACCACACCACUGCUCCCACUGUGGAAAGAGUUUUACUAAGUUACGGAAUCUAAAAGAGCAUGAGAGGACACACACAGGAGAAAAGCCUUUCCAAUGUUCCCAGUGUGGAAAGAGUUUUACCGUGUUAACUAACCUGAAAAGACAUGAGAGAAUACACACAGGAGAAAAGCCUUACCAAUGUUCCCAAUGCGAAAAGAGUUUUACCGUGUUAGUUAACCUGAAAAGACAUGAGAGAAUACACACAGGAGAAAAGCCUUAUCAAUGUUCUCUGUGUGGCAAGAGUUUUACCCAGUUAAGGUCCCUGAAAAGGCAUGAGAGAGUACACUCUGGAGAGAAGCCUUAUCAAUGUUCCCAUUGUGGAAGAAGUUUUAGGUCGUCUGCAAACAUGAAGGAGCAUGAGAGGACACACACAGGAGAAAAGCCUUUCCAAUGCUCACAUUGUGGAAAGAGUUUUACCCAUCUAGUGAGCCUGAAAAGACAUGAGAGAAUGCACACAGGAGAAAUGCCCUACCAAUGCUCCCAUUGUGGAAAGAGUUUUUCCCAAUCAGCAAAACUGAAAAGACAUAAGAGAAUGCACACUGGAGAGAAGCCUUUCAAAUGCUCCCAUUGUGGAAAGAGUUUUACCCAAUCAGGGGGCCUGAAAAAGCAUGAGAUAAAGAAGAAGCUAUGUUCUUUAUGUUCUUGACUGAGAAUGUGUUUUUGUUAAUGACAACUUCAAUAAAACCUAAUAAAAAUAUA